AUGUCCGGAAUUGGCGGCCAUAUCGAGUGUUUCGAAAGCCAUAAGGUUCCGGUAAAACUAGGAACUGCUUUCGGAGAAGAAAUUUGCAUGACCAUACAGACCAAACCAGCAAAUUCAAAGCAAUUAGCAAAUUCAAAGCUUCGUGGUGAACAUCAAAAUCCACACAUUCUCGUUGGACUGGACUACUACCACGAUUUAGUUACGGAUCCAGCAAACGGAAUCCGAACACCAUCUGGUUUUCAUAUAGCAAAAACGGUUUUUGGACCCACAAUUUAUGGUCGAGGAAUCAGCAAAGUAAGUGAAACCGCUAACACAGUAUGUCACAGCCUGACAGGAAUUUCAGAAAACACGGAACUCUUACAGAAAAUGUUUGAGUUGGACGGCCUCGGUAUCAUGCCGGAAGAAACCCAGGGAGACGAAAAAGUUCAAAGAUAUUUCGAGGAAUACUCGAAAUUGAUCUCAUUUGAAACAACAUCAUCACAGCUCCCUUUCCGCUGA